AUGGGUGCCGCUGGAAGGAAGAGAGGACGAGGAAGAGGAGGAAGAGGUGGUGCAUCUUCUUCGCAAGCCAGAACUCCAUCCCCUCUGCCUAAUCGGUACGAUUUCACUCCGGCGAGAACUUCCAAAUCUCCGCCACCACUUGUGCGCACAUGCCAACCAUCGGUCUCGGUGAGGGAUUAUCCACCGCCUAAUCAGCUUUUCCAGCACUCACGGAGUCAACGUCGGAGCUCAGAGUCUCAACCUGCCAACUCUCCACGGUCUCAACCUCGUACCUCUCCGCCGCCUCAACCACGAAGCUCUACACACUCUCAUCACCGACCCUCUCCAAUGUCUGAAGAGCAAACUUCUCCAGCAUUUGAAGCUACCAAUUCUGAAGCGGAUGAAGGAGCCACCUUUGAAGAAGAAGAAGACCUAGUCCCAGCAAAUCUCGCGGAGGACCAGCUACAAAUCCUCAAUGCUAUGCUCACUCAACCUGGCAGAGAAGAGUUUACGACAGUCCUCUCUCCAAUAAAGAGGCCGAAUACAACAUGGUUUGGUCGUGACAAGUCUUCACUGACCCGUAAGAUAACCAAAGUCUUUACAAACAAGUUCGAUGGUCCUUUUUAUAGCUGGACAUGUGUGCCUCGGGAAAGACAGGAACGGUUCUUUGUUGAAUUCGCGAAAACACACACCUGGGAUCCCUUAGUAACUGGUGUUGUUCAACAAAAGUUUGAGAGUAUAUGUCAACAAAGGAUGAAAGAUAUGGUAAGCAAAGUAAGGACUUCUCGGGAGCAACCUAAUUGGAUAGGUGAUACUCUCUGGAAGCAAAUGACCCAGUAUUGGAACACUGAAGAGGCCAAAGAGAAGAGUGCAACCACAUCAGGGGCUCGUCUGUCUGAACAAGAAGAAUUGGGAAGACCGGUGAGUCUUGGUGAAGUUUUCAUCAAGACUCACACAAAAGCAGAUGGGACCUUUGUAGACCGAAAGGCAGAGAGCGUGGCUGAAAGGUAUAAGAGGAACUUGGAAGCUAGAAUUAGUAACCAAGGGGCACUAGACUCAUAUGCUUUAGAGGAGCUAACCGUUCAAGAGGAGAACGACCUCUUUCUCCAGUCGACAUUCACAAAUGAAAGAGGCAUUCCAUAUGGAAUUGGAAGCCUUUCACAGUCGCAUAUCAAUGGAAAGAGGAAGUACCCGGGUAGCUCUUCAACAUACAAGACUCUGCAAGAACAACUAGAAGAAGCUCAACGCAAAAUAGAAGAACAAGCAGCUGAGAAUGCAAGGCAAAAUUCCGAGCUUACAAGAGUUUCUGCAGAGCAACAAGCGAAGAUCAACAAAAUCUCCCUGGUCGAAAGGUAUUUGGCUGCAACUGAUCCAGGGUUUUUAGACUUUUUGGCCGCAAACAACACCUCUGAAGAGCCAGAUGAUGCUGCUCCGAUGACUUCUGCUCUUCAAACCAUUAUUCUCCCGGAAUCAUAG